CAAUCUAGCCUAUCAGUGCCCACUUGUUGCUUGGGCGUUAUCGGAUGUCCUUUUGGAUCGACGCAACCCAUUCAACCUACAGUAUUUGGCCCUACUCCUAGUGCCACAAUCUCACCAAUAUUAUCUGGGACCAAUCUUCUUGGGGGUCCAGCAUCUCCACCAAUUGACCAAUUGCAAGGAUUGAGUCCUCUCGCUCAGGUAGCCGAGACAACUCCUGUCUUACAGCAGCAUCAGGUAUCUCCGGUAUGUUCACAGGCUUCAUCUGCCUCUUCUCCUUCUUCAGUUGGGUCCCAGGCUUCUCCUCCCCUUCGCCGCGACAGGAACCUUCAUGUUGGACUCUCCCCACAAAUAUCAACUUCACAGCUUCAGCAAGACUUAGAGGAACGCACCUAG